GAAACGGUUAUCAAAACGAAUGUGUUCGGGCGUUGUGGGUGCUCUCCAACGGUCAUGAUAUGUAUAAGUCAUGCACUGUCUGCUUGGGUAGGUACUGGAAAUAUAGUUAAACAUAUAUAGUCAUAGUUGCACUGAAUAAUGUUGCGGUCUGUCACAUGACAAGUGUAGAGUAUAAGAAUCUGACGUUGGAUAAUUACAAAAUGUAAGUGUAAAGGGAAACUAGCACUGACAAAAUAUGAAAUUAACCGAAAGGUAAAAAAAGCGCUCGGCUUUGUGACACCAAAAUAAUAAGGCAAAAGCAAUCGUACUUGAAAGCAGUGAGGCUUUCAAUGACAACUACCCUGAUAGCAGAGCCUGAUUUCCCCUCUGCUAUCAGGGUAAAUGACAACAAGAACAUAUUUCUAGUAGAUAAAUACACAAUGAAAGAGGUGCAAUGAAAUUGCCAACAAAACUAGGUUUAAGGCAGUUUUCCACUUGGGGGAAUUUUCCGCGCGGAGCGGAAUUUCUCUUUGUCUUGCAUGUGAUUUCUCGGGUGGAACUAAUACACUCUUUCGAUAAUGACGUCACAACUACACUAUUUUCAACUUAGGACCACCUUAAAUGGAAAGGAUUUAAUUUUUUCUGAUGGGCUAUGCACAGAGAAGCAGAACAUCCUUCUUCAAUGCAUGCAUGAAAAAAAAAUUUGGAUUUUGAUCAAUAAAUAUGGAAAUAAGCAUUAACACGAAAACGAGGCCCUCGUUUUCGUGUUAAAGCUUAUUUCCACAUUUAUUGGUCAAAAUAAAGAAUUAUUUUUCAUGCAUGUAUUGAAAAAGGAUGUUCUGCUUCUCUGUGCAUAACCCAUGAGAAAAAAACUUGAAAUCCUUUCCAUUUAAGGUGGUCCUAAGUUGAAAACAGUGUAGUUGUGACGUAAUUAUCGAACGAGUGUAUCAGAAAAGACAAGGAGAAAUUCUGCUCAGCCUAGUGGAAAACGGCCUUAAGUCUCAGUUUAUUGUUUGCCUGGAGAAACACUGCGAAAUAUGCCGCCGGCAAAAGCAAUACUCGUAACGAGUUUCUAGAACAUUGAAGUAAAAAUAAGAAAAAUGAAAAAGUUCGCGAGAAAAGUAUUUUGGAACGGUUAAAACACAAAAUAAAAUUAUUUUAAAGUUUUUGCUAAGAACGACAACACUGACAAACGAUGAAAAACGGUUUUAUACAGGGUGUAUCAAAAAAAAGGUAAUCGAACUUCAGCGCGCUAUUAUACGUGAAUUACUCUGCGUAUGAACAAUUGGUUUUCAUAUUCGGAAAGAUCAGGCUUUUAGCUAUUGAAUGACAUGCUUUUCAUGCCAAGUGGAGAAAAAAUAAGCAUGUACGAGGCCGAUUAAAAAUGUUAGUCAAAAUCGCAUAUUUUCACCUCUGUGCCUAAUUAAAACAAUGCAUAACAAAAGAAAAAAGCAAUUAAUCACGAACGUGUCGUAGCUUAGCUAAGAUUAUGAAUAUGUGUGCAGUUUAAUGAAGUGAAAUUCAUCAACUUAAGUCCUAAAGGGAAUUCAUUUUCAAUGGUUUUAGACCUAACUCUCAACGGUGAAAAUAUGCGAUUCUGACUAAGAUUUUUUAUCGGAUUCGUAUUUGCUCAUUUUUUAUCCAUUUGGCAUGAAGAAGAUGUCAUUUAACAGCUAAUAGCAUGAUCUUUCCGAAUGUGAAAAAAUCUCGUUCAUACUUAGAGUAAUUCAGAUACAAUAGCGCGCUGAAGUUCGAUUACCUUUUUUUUUAUACACCCUGUAUACAAAACGAAAAACUAGAGUGGCUAAUUCGUACGUAUAAAAGAUUUCAUUCGGAACAAAAAUUUGUAUUUGCUUUUCGCUUAUUCGUUCAAAGUGUUAUUAUAGUUAUUCUUCUUGAAGUUAGUUUAUGCCGUUUUCUCAACUUAAACUUCAUUCAGAACGUGCUUAAUUAUAGAAGAAACGAUUUUCUUUAAAAUUUAGCUGCUUGCAAAGAAGUUAUUUUAAAAACGUUAUGGCCCCCAACUGGGGACUAGCGUUCAGUUUUGGUCGCACAAUUUCAACCAAUCAGAUUGCAGGAAAAGCAAUAGCCAUUUCACAGUUUCUACUAUUUGGACAUGGUCCUUACUGCAUGGACAACUAAAAUAGGGAGAACGUAAGAGAUGAAAACUGAUAAUGACAGUCUAAAUAUCAGUUAGUUUGGUUGACUAAUUUUAGUGCUGUUUAGUUUUGUUUAGUUUAGUUUAGUUUAGUUAGUUUCGUUUAGUUUGCUAAAUUACCUUGCGUCCACAUACUGCUUUCGGCUUUCCUAUGCAGUAAUAUUAUACUUAUCAUGCAAUCAUACUUUUCCGCAGGGUGACCGAAUGUGGAUGUAUGCAAUAUCUAUAUUCCUAAUAUCUCUUACUCCUGGCUCGUUUCUUUUUACUGCAAUUUAUGGCUUGGCUGUAUCACUGUCUGUGGUUGCUUUUGGAACUUUAGUUGGUGACUGGAUUGAUGUAACUCCACGGCUGAAAGGUAUUUUAAUAAUCUUCCUCAGACCUCAGCUUCGUAUGUUAACUGCCCGUCUCCGAUCAAGUGUUUGAUAACUGAGGCCGGUUGUAUACAAAGGUUGGAUAGCGCUAGGCACUGGAUAGUGGUUUUAUAGCUUGAAACGUUAUAAAAAUAUCAAUAUGGACCUCACAUCACAAACAUCAUAUUCACCUGAGUACACAUAACACCAACAACACAAAAAAAAAAUAUCAUAGAAUACACUGAUAUCGAAGGAACUAGACUCAGUUCCGAAAUAUCAACUCGAACCGACUUGACCAGUGCCACGUAGCUCAGUUGGCAGAGCAUUGGACUAGUAUCCCAAAGGUCGCCGGUUCGAUUCCCACCGUGGCCAAGCAAACGUUUCAGCUUGCCCGGUGUGGAUGCACACUCAGAGUAACAUCACAAACAUAAUACAAAAAAUGUUGAUUUAUAAAUACAGUUGACACCAUUGGGACCGAGUCAUGCCUUAUUAGUCAAAUUUCAUUGCGUUGCCGGUGGCACGCGAAAGUCCUGACUUUCCGUCACGGUUGGUCAGGUAUUUCGCAGAGGUCAGAAAUUUCGCUUGACACCGGUGCAAGAGAAGAAAUCGCACGUGUAUCAUGUUCUGCGCGGCAACGCCAUGCAUCGUAACUUGAUACCUUCGGCAAUCGUUGCCGAAAGUUAAAAUGAUUUAACUUUCGGCAACGAUUGCCCAAAUAUCAAAUUAUAAUUGAUUGUAUUUAGUCUGCCAGCCAUUGAAAAUCGCUUUACUUGACAUCAAGGACAAGUUAUAGUCUAGGACCUGUAUAGAUGUUUGUAUGCGUUUCAUUUAGCACAGGUAAUCUCAACUGUUUUAGGGUAAAAUGACCAUGUCGGUCAACAUGGCAUAUGUGCCAAAACCUGAAUCUGGGGGCGAAAGUCCUGAAAAUGACCCCGCCCUGAAACGGCAGUGCCGACAUAGCUCCAACUUCCGAAAACGAAAAGCGACAACCUUUCUGAAGUGCUUAUAGUGUUUAGAAGGGUUGCUUUUAGGGGUGGUUAUUGGAAGGAAAAAUUUGUCUAAGUAUAAUAUUUUACAAGAAAAUGACCAUGCACUACCCCAGGUAAAUUGCUAAUUAUGCAUAAAAUAACUAAUUUUGUAUUAUUCUUUAAAAAUUUAUACUAAAACAAUUAUUCGCCUCAAGCUCAGCGAUUAUUGUGAAUAUUCGCCUCGACUUCGUCUCGGUGAAUAUUCACCAGUAAUCACUUCGCCUUCGGCGAAUAAUUGUUAAAUAUUCACCUCGACUUCGUCUCGGUGAAUAUUCCCCGAUAAUCACCUCGCCUUCGGCGAAUAAUUGUUAAUUAAUAUUUACUAGAACUUAUUUUUAUGUUUUUAGCUGCUCGUUUGACGUUAAUCAUCCAGAAUGUCGCAGUGGUAGCAUGCGCCAUGGUUGUGUUAAUAAUGUUUAAGCAGAGUAUUUCCAGCCCGAUCUUUUUAGUCCUUGCUGUUGUUCUUGUGUUACUGGCCAUUGUUGCUCGUCUUUCCAGCUUGGGAACUACCAUAGCCAUUGAAAGAGAUUGGGUCGUAAUAAUCGCGAAAGAAGAUGAGUUUCUUCUUGCAGGUAUACGUGCAUUUAUGCCGGGGGGGAUGGGGGAGAAUGGUCCUCAAAGGUGAGAUACGGAAUCAUAUAGGGCGUCCUCUAUAUUACUUCCCUCCCAGGGAGAAGUGGGAGGAACUUGUUUAGUCACGCGUCUUAUUAGCCGCUUAUUUGAAUCGCAGAUGGCACAAACAUUUGUUAAAAAUAAAUCAACUGUGAAACAAACAGGUUGUGCUUUAUAUAUAGCGAGUACAAAACUGUCACGAACUGCGUACGAAACAUUUAUCCAAGCUCUUUCCAAAGGUCGGAUCGGUGUUUUCCCAGGUAUUUUUUUGGUCUAAUUACAAAAUGUAAUAUGUUGAUUAUAUUGUAAAAAGUGUCCAUGGAGGUUCGUAUUAUAGCAUUUGAUAACCUACUUUUUUACUUUCUAUAGGUACAAACUCCAUAUUACGACGUAUCGAUUUGACGUGCAACAUCCUUGCUCCUGUUUCUACGGGUUUAAUCUUAGAUUAUGGAUCAACAUUAAUCGGGAUUCUCUUUAUAGCCGGUUGGAAUAUUGUAUCAGUCUUUGUCGAAUACACCAUGUUAUCCUUAGUAUACCAUUCCUGCCCAGCGCUAGCCAACAAAACCGUGGAUGUUGACAGACUUGACGACACCGUCAAUAACUCGGAACCAGACCUUGUUAAUGUUGAUCUAUCUGAGCAGGACCAGGAUUGCACAGUUAUGGUGCCUAGAGUGAAAACGUCACGAAGUUUGAAAAAUAGCUGCAGUCUUCUGGUUGACAAAGUAAAAUCUCGAGCGCGAGUCCUCCGUUUCGGCUUAAAACUAUUUUUCCAACAACGUGUAGCAUUUGCUGGGAUUGGAUUAGCCUGCCUGUAUUUGACAGUAUUGGGCUUUGAUAGUAUUACCACCGCUUAUGCAUACUCGCAGCAUGUAAGUGCUGCGGCAUUGGGUAUGUUGACAGGCGCUGGUGCCUUGACUGGAAUAUUAGGGACUUUCAUAUUCACGAUUUUCCAUCGAAUGUUUGGACUUGUUAAGACUGGAUUAAUCUCGAACUCGAUUCAGUUAUUUUUCCUCAUGUUUUGCGUGGCUUCUGUCUGGGCUCCGGGUCAUCCCGGCCAUUUGCUCGAACCAGGCUAUCAUGAUGACAGCACUCACGUGAAGACCGGAGUAAUAAAACUUGCGAAUGUUUCGGUCCACCCCACCAAAAGUUUAGUUAGUAUUAUGAGUACGACUCCUUCGAAUUUUGGCGGACAAACCACUCUGCACCCAACGGCAACGCUUCAUCCAAGUCCUACUCUUCCAACACCAAGUAAUUAUUCCGUGUUUAUUCCAUCUAAAAAUAUCAAGCCUUCUACGACUAUUCCUUUGUCUCCUAGUACCUCAACACCUAAGAUAACUGAUACUGGAAACAAUACCAAGAAUAAUACAAAAAAAUCUAGUGAUGGUAAGGGUAGCAACUCGCUCAUUUCGCUAGGUUUUCUGAUGGGCGGAAUAGUAAUGUCUAGAGUAGGCUUAUGGAUGACAGACUUAGUAAUAACUCAAUUGUUUCAAGAAAACGUCCCAGAACAAGAACGUGGUAUUGUGAGCGGUGUCCAAAACUCCUUCAAUAGCGUCAUGGAUGUGGCUCACUUUAUUAUGGUGUCUGUGGCGCCAAAACCCGAGCAAUUUGGUGUGCUGAUUCUCAUUUCUGUGGCGAUGGUGGCUCUUGGGUUUGCAUUUUAUUCGCGCUUUGCCUGGAACCAUCGUAAGCGACUGAUGCAUUUCGAGAAACUCAGUCACUGGAGUGGAAGUAAUGAAUCGAUUGAAGGCACGUCAAGACAGUUAAGAGAUGAAAGUAGAAGUAAUUCAAGGAGUGAUAUUCCAAGCGGCGUGCUCAGUGUAAAAAACGAUAAUUAUUCUUCAGUUAAGACUUCAGAUUAGGUGAAAAAAAACAACAUAGCUUGUUCACAAAUCACAAUCACAGUGUAACGAGCCAAUUGGCAAUAACCGCAGUAUAUCAAAGGUCAAUAGAGAUAUUACCAAAACCGCGAAUGCUACGUCUCGCCCAAAAAACGUGUCUUGUUUUCGUGUCAAAACAUUCAGGAAUACGACUACAUUCCUACGCAGACCAAUCAGAUAUGUCGUGAUUUCCAAGAGUCUACGAUUUGAGAGGAAGGGUACUACAUAUACGGUUUUGGUAAUAUACAAAUAUCUUCCUAGACCUAGUGAAUAAUGUGUCAAUAAGACUUUUUAGCUAACUCGAUCCGUCUCUCAACAACAUGUUUUCCAAUCUGACCGUUCUUACUAUACCGCUUUCUUAGUUACGUGAUUUUUGUUUUAUACGCAACACAUAAAUUAAUUUCAAUAACAUGAACAACAUUGCUUCUAUAUUUAAACAGUAAAUUACAUUUUACAAUAUUAUUUUACUACUAUUAAAGGUAUAUAUAUAUGUUAUCGUGCUUAAUGGCUUGUUGUAAGACAUAGUCUAGACUCGACUCGGAAAGCAUGCAUGGAAUCUGUCAGCGAUUUGUAAAACAUGGACUGACUGAGUCCACGUUUUACAAAUCAUGGACUCAGUCCAUAUUUUCAAGACAUCAAAAAUGCUUAUUAUAUUAUAUUAAGACUAGUCGUUGAAUAAAAAUCGUUGAUUCUAUAUUAUCAAACAGUUGUUCGUUGGAUCAAAUAUAAAGUCCUAAUAACUAACAUUGUGACGUUAGACAGUAUACAAUUAUUUGAACUAAAUAAGCUUUGAAACAAACACCAAAAAAUGAACACAUCUUGAAAAUCCAAGAUAUGAAAAUUAUAUUGAUCACAUGCACUUGACCAUUGAAUCUCAAACUCAUUAAUAAUUCAUGAGUAAAUUAGCCAACCCUAUAUUGCUUAACUUUGCUCACAUGGUACUGGUACCUGCAUGGUGAAGUACAUUGGACUAAUUUUCAAGUCCGCUCAAUCCAAUGACUGGAUUAUUUUUGAGCCAGUCCUCAUAUAUAUAGACAUAGUCGGAUUUAAAAUAUUACAAUUUUUGCCUCCUGAGGCAAAAAUUGUUGUUAAAUCUGUUAUUUUAUAUAAGUGUGGUGUUGUACUUGCUCGCGACCGAUUAGAGUUGCGUUUCGGAGUUGAGUUCGUGAUUCCUCCAGCUCAGACUAUUGUCUAUAGACUGAUUGUACGUUUUACAAAUCAUGAUUCAUGGACUCGGCGCAGUCCAUGUUUUACAACAUUCCAAUAAUCAAUAUAUAGCCAAUAUAAGCUGAUUAAAAUAUAUAAUUAGGCGUUUAAUUAAAACGUACAUUUUGAAUAUUAAUGUUCAUAAAACUGACUGAUUUCUAUCGAUAAUCGUCUGAUUUCUAUCGAUAAAUGAUAAAUCAUCAGUCUCAAAUUAUGUGCUUCUCUCGUCAUGAAAAUAUUUAAAUU